CGAUGACAAUAGUCAACGCCCAAAUAUUCGAUCACAGCCAUCCAAUCGAGAAGGUCAGUCAACGAUGGCCAUAAGAUGGCGAUGCACUGAUGCGUAGCCAUGGCUCCUCAAGCUUUCCUCCUCUUGAUCUUCGCUUCGCUCCUUCUCUCGAUCCCCACCUCGAUCUCUACUCCGCCGCCGUGCAUCUGCGUGAUCGGCAGCGGCAUCGCUGGAUCCUCUCUCGCGCAUUUCAUCAAACACUACACAUGCUCUAGCCCAGCCCGCACCCAAUGCCUCGACAACAUCCACGUCUUCGAGCGACGUGGCCAUCCCGGCGGCCGUAUGGCCACUGUGACCAUUGGCGGAGACGUUUUCGAGGCGGGAGCCUCCAUCAUCCACCCCAAGAACCUUCACGCCCUUCACUUUGCUUCCCUUCUCAACCUCCCCCACAAACCCAAGCCCGCUUCCGGAGAUGAUGACUCUUGGUUUGGCAUCUGGAACGGCGAGAAGUUCAUCUUCAAGACCCUGCCGCCUCCGCCGCCGUCCAGCUCCGCUCUCUACCGGAAACUCUAUUCCCUCCUGAACUCACUGUUGAUCUUCAAGAGAUACGGAUUCUCGCUUUUGAAGAUGAAUGCCUUUGUUAAGGGGAUGCUGGAGAAGUUCUUGGGUUACUAUAAAGGGUUGGACUCACGGCCAGUGUUCGCAACAGUGGAGGAGAUGUUACAGUGGUCCAAGUUGUAUGAGCUGACGCAGCAAACGCUGCAGGAGGCGCUGCAGAAAAUGGGGUUGUCUGCGCAACUGAUAUCGGAGCUUGUCACUGUUAUAACAAGAAUCAACUAUGGUCAGAGUGUGAGCAUCAGUGGCCUGGCUGGUGCUGUUUCACUAGCUGGCUCUGAUGAUGGAUUGUGGUCAGUUGAGGGAGGGAAUUGGCGGAUUGCUGCGGGGCUUCUCAACCAUUCUGAUGUCAAUCUAUAUCUCAAUGAAGAGAUCAUUUCUGUUUCUUGUACUGGAGGCUCUUACAGCCUCAAGUCGAAAGCUGGAAAUGAUCACAAUUGUGAAAUCACGGUAAUUGCUACUCCAUUGGAUGAGCUGGAUAUCAGUUUUACUCCUCCAGUCUCAAUUCCUAGCCGGAGAUUACAACAUACAUUCACAACAUUUGUCAGAGGCCUCAUAAACCCUAAAUUCUUCGGUCUGAAGUCAGCUUCAGAAGUUCCAGACUUGGUAGGCACAAUUGAAAGUCCUGAUAUUCCAUUUUCCUGUAUUUCUGUUCUGAAGAAGUACACCGACGAAGAGGAGACUUAUAAGAUGUUUUCUCGAGCUCCUGUCACUGAUGAUCUUCUAAAUCAAAUGUUCAGCGGAAUAAAGGAGACGAUCAGGAUUGAUUGGCCUGCUUAUCCACAUUAUGAAGCUCCGGAGGUGUUCGCACCUAUUAUAUUGGACGGGCAGCAUUUGUACUACAUAAAUUCCUUUGAGAAUGCUGCAAGUGCCAUAGAGACCGGCGCAGUUGCUGCAGAGAAUGUAGCCCGGCUUAUUAUCUCCAGGCUUGCAAACUCACAUUCAGAUGCACAAACAAUAAAGGCCCAUACUAAUGAUUUAGAAUCCCUGCACAUUGAUCUAUAGUAAGACAUUAAGUAACACAACCAAUGUAUGGCUUUGCCCAUACAAACACUAUCAGAGAAGUAUGUUGUAUGUACAAACAAGGAGGACUAUUGAGUUAUUGAUUGAAUAUUUUGCUGUAACUGCUUGCAAGUGAAAACACUGGAGUUGUUUCACAAAAUAAAUGCAUUAAUAGA